AUGACAGCUCGCGAAUUCAGUCUGUCCUUCGAAAUUGCCCCCCCGUCAUCAGUACGCCCAGGUCAAGCCUUCACCAUUCCAGUGGUCGUUUCAGUCCGACAGAUUGGCACCCCAUCUGGAAACGUGCUAGCCCUUCCCGUUCACGCCUCUCUGCGCGACGAAGCCGGCACAGGCCCCGCAACAGGGCUAAGCGGCAAUCUAACGACAAGCUGCCGCGACGCAAAAAGCGGGUAUGUCAAAUUCAGUCCUUUGACCAUCUCGAAAGCAGGCAAGUACCGAUUGCGCGUUAUGCUCGGCGCUGCUUCGUACAAUGGUGUCGUUACCAAGGAAUAUGUCGAUUCCAGUGUCAUCACAGUGGCAGCCAAUGCGCCAGCAGCCCAACGACCAAGUGGGUCCCCGUUUCUCUUUCUUCUUUAA